CUUGUUUAGGUGGGCGGUGAGUUGGAUGCGUGAACAUGGAAAGCAGAGGACUGAGGUAUGCUGCUGUAGCAGUUUGUAAAUUUAACUGGGCACACUGCCUGGAGAGCUGAAGAAUAACUGGACUAGGCUACAUGCGAAAUCAGAUCAUCAAUUUCUUCAAAAUAGUUGAAGAAAGAAGUAACUAGGGUACUAAAGUCGGGAGGAAGUCGAUCCAAAUGUUUUGUCCACCAACUUUUGAGAACUUUUCCUAUCGUUAAGAAUGAAAAACUGCACUGCACAAAAGGUCCAUUGAUUAAAGGACAAGGACCCCCACAUGCUCCAGCGUCACUUCCAGUUUCCCCUGAAGAAGAAUUCAGCACCUCAGCGUGAUAUAAGGGAUGAAUGAGGACCGCUCCCCUGCCGCUCUACUGAGAAGGUGUCACAUCGGCGUGACAGAGACGGACACGCCUCCCUCGGCUGGGACCAAGGCUGCCCUGUCCUCGGGCUCAUGGGAUGGAGGAGGAAGUAGGGAGGGACAGCCUGGGGAGGGACAGCCUGAUGCCGAUGGUACCUGCCCUGAUCUGUCGGCACUGGCCAACCUGUUUGAGAGUGAGGAGGGCUCCCAGUCACCUCAGGACCCGGCUCCGGACGUAGACCGGCCAGGCCAGCUGCAGCCAGGAGACAGCCGACAGAACCUCCGCAUGAAGUUCCACGGUGCCUUUAAGAAGGGCAUCUCCAACCCCAUGGACCUGCUGGAGUCGACCAUCUACGAGUCACCCGUGGCGCCCGGCCCCAAGAAAGCCCCCAUGGACUCUCUCUUUGACUAUGGCACCUAUAGGCACACCAACAACAAGAAGCCACGCAGGAAGAAGCUCCCACGAGGUAAGACUGAGACGUCCUGCAAUGAAGGUCUGGACCCUCCGGGUUUGGACCCACCCAAGGUGAUGAAGGUGUUUAACCGCAUGCUGCUCUUCGAUGGCGUGUCACGGGCCGACCCAGAGGCCCUCUCAGGCCUGCUGGAGUACCUACAGGGUCAUGAAAAGAGGCUCACCGACGAGGAGUUCAAAGAACCUUCUACAGGGAAGACGUGCCUGCCCAAAGCCCUUCUGAACCUGUACAGUGGUCAGAAUGACACCAUCCCCAUGCUGAUGGACAUAGCAGAGCAGACAGUCAACCUCCAUGAGUUCAUCAACACGCCCUUCAGAGAUGUAUAUUACAGAGGCCAGACGGCGCUGCACAUCGCCAUUGAGAGGCGCUGUAAGCAGUACUUGGAGCUGCUGGUGGAGAAAGGGGCAGACGUUCACGCCCAGGCCCGCGGACGCUUCUUCCAACCCAGGGACGAGGGGGGCUACUUCUACUUUGGCGAGCUGCCUCUGUCGCUGGCAGCGUGCACCAACCAGCCGAACAUGGUGCACUACUUGACUGAGAACACCCACAAGAAGGCUGACCUUCGACGGCAGGACUCGCGCGGCAACACAGUGCUACACGCCCUGGUGCACAUCGCCGACAACACCCGGGACAACACCCGCUUCCUCACCAAGAUGUACGACCUGCUGCUGACCAAGUGUGCCAAACUCUACCCAGAAUGCAGCCUGGAGGACAUUCUCAACAACGACGGCAUGUCGCCCCUUAUGAUGGCGGCAAAGCUGGGAAAAAUUGGGGUUUUCCAGCACAUCAUUCGCAGGGAGAUCAAGGACGAGGAAGCGCGUCACCUGUCACGGAAGUUCAAGGACUGGGCUUACGGCCCUGUGUACUCCUCCCUGUACGACCUCUCCUCCCUGGACACCUGUGGAGAGGAGGUGUCCGUGCUGGAGAUCCUGGUCUACAACAGCCGCAUCGAGAAUCGCCAUGAGAUGCUGGCUGUGGAGCCCAUCAACGAGCUGUUGAGGGCCAAGUGGCAGAAGUUUGCUGCCGUCACCUUCUACAUCAGUGUUGUCUCCUACCUGGUGACCAUGAUCAUCUUCACCCUGGUGGCCUACUACCGCCCCUCCCAGGGAAUGCCUCCGUACUCCUACAACACCUCCACAGACUAUCUGCGUCUGGGAGGGGAGGUUAUCACCUUGGGCUCUGGAGUCUUCUUCUUCCUCACUAACAUUAAGGACCUCUUCCUGAAGAAAUGCCCUGGGGUGAACUCCUUAUUUGUCGAUGGCUCCUUUCAACUGCUCUACUUCAUCUACUCUGUGCUGGUGAUAGUAACUGCGGCUCUCUACCUGUCGGGUAUCGAGGCCUAUGUGUCUGUGAUGGUGUUUGCGCUGGUCCUGGGCUGGAUGAACACUUUAUACUUCACCAGAGGCCUGAAGCUCACCGGCACCUACAGCAUCAUGAUACAGAAGAUUCUCUUCAAAGACUUGUUCCGGUUUCUGCUGGUCUACCUGCUCUUCAUGAUUGGAUACUCGUCAGCUCUGGUGUCCCUCCUGGCGGUGUGCCCCGGGCCGGAUGAGGUGUGUCCGGAGGAAGGCGGCUGCCCCACCUACCCCCAGUGCCGGGACACGGACACCUUCAGCAACUUCCUGCUGGACCUGUUCAAGCUGACCAUCGGAAUGGGCGAUCUGGACAUGGUCAGCAGUGCCCAGUACCCGGCUGUCUUCCUCAUCCUGCUGGUCACCUACAUCAUCCUCACCUUCGUGCUGCUGCUCAACAUGUUGAUCGCUCUGAUGGGAGAGACAGUGAGCCAGGUGUCCAAGGAGAGCAAGAAGAUCUGGAAGCUGCAGUGGGCUACGACAAUCCUGGACAUCGAGCGCUCCUUCCCUGUGUGUCUGCGGAAGUCCUUCCGUGCUGGGGAGAUGGUGACAGUGGGGAAGAAAUGGGACGGCACCCCUGACCGCCGCUGGUGCUUCAGGGUGGACGAGGUCAACUGGUGCCACUGGAAUCAGAACCUGGCCAUAAUCAACGAAGACCCGGGCAAGAACAUAACAGAGACCCAGCAAUGCUCCGGUACAGUGCAUCAAACCGUCCGUGGCCUGAGGAGAGAUCGCUGGUCCACGGUGGUGCCAAGGGUUGUGGAGCAGAAUAAAGGGCCACGACCACGAGACCUAGUACUGGAGAUGGAGCCACUGACCCCCAGACACAGACCCUUUGCAGAGGGCUAGAGCCCAGCUAGGGCUAUGGCCCAGCUCUGGGAGCCUCCAGGAGCCCGGGUCCUUAAGAACACCCUGCAGAUCGUAGGUAUUCAGACUGACAAAGAAAAGUUGGGCCACAAAGUUUGCCACUUUGCACAAAACUCUGUUGCAUUGAGAUUAGAACCAAAUAUAUGUACAAUGUAUUAUAAGACAAUAUAAAGGAUUUAGAAAAGAUAGGAAUGUAGUGUAUGGUCAAAGCAAACCAUUCAUUUGUUUAUCAAAUGCUUUUUUAUUCAACUAGUUUAUUCAACUAGUUGUGAAUGGUGGUCAUAGCUCUGAUGAUUAGUAUCCUCUCCCUUGGUGGUUUUAACCCAGGAGGAAGGACCCUCGGGAAGCUGUUACCUGACAGAAUGCUAUGGCUUCAACUUUCAACAUAUCCAAAUGUGUGUUUUCAAGAGUUGAUCAUAGAUGAGACGUAUGUGGAUGUGGUCUAAUGGGAGACUGCUGAUGAAAGUAUAUUGUACCUCUGUAUUUAAGAAACCUCGCUCAGGGAGUUCAAGAAGCCCAAUAUAUCUCUUCUAUUCUUCCACAUAUCCUUCUUGUUUUUAGUCUCUGGAAAAAAAACGGAAGAGGAAUAGAUUAAAGUUCAAACAACCAUUUUGGAAUGGGAUGUUCAAACACAAUAUGUACUGUAUGUAUGUAACUAUGUACUAAAUGACACAAAACUAAAGCUAGCUUUAUAUGGCUAAAUAUAUAUAUAUAUAUAUAUAUAUAUAUAUAUAUAUAUAUAUACCAUGUUUAAUUUCCAUCAAUCUAGUCCUGUUGAUAGUCCAAAGCACAGGGCCCUAAUUGUAUUGUUCAUGCUUGGAUAGGAUUGCUUUGAUCAUAACUGCAAUUUGUACUUGUUUUAUGAAGUGUGUAUAUCAUUGCAAAGUAUAUCGAAAAACAAACAAACACUGAAUUGAUUUGUUCAGAGGAAGAUAAUAUAUUCUCCCUAACAGCAUUUAUGUGGAUUUAUAGAGUUUUGGUGUUAUACCAAAAUGAAAAUAUGCCUUCAAUUAAAACUGGAACAUUUGCUACUGAUCCAACAUCACCCAGAGAAUGGUUUUGAAGAUGUAAGCUGUUUUUCCAUCAUGUUUUGUUGAGGCCUUUUGAUUCAUAAUGGACAUUAUUUGAUGAAUAGCUUCCUAUGUGUUUCAAUAUGUUUUUUAUUUUAUACAAUUCCUUAUACAUUUUGCAACAACGUUAACUCCUGGUCCUUUUUGCCUUUUUAUGAACAAAUUAUAUUAUAUACUAUGAUAUUGUAUAGGCUACAGCAGGGAUCAUAACUCCUGAGUGGCGCAGUGGUCUAAGGCACUGCAUCGCAGUGCUAACUGUGCCACUAGAGAUCCUGGUU